AUGGUAUCAGAGCUUCCAAACUCAUCAAUGGCUUUCAAUGUAGCUGUAGAUUCUGAAACACUACCAACAGAUCCUUUGCCUUCAACAAAUUCUUCAACAGAUCCUUCAAUGACUGCAGAUCGCAGAUCGAAUUCUAAUUCUUCAAUGGAUGAUCAAAAUUCCAAUCCAUCAAGUCCUUACUUUCUUCCACCAUCUGAUAACUCUGUGAUUCUUGUUUCGCAACCACUCACUAGUCUUGAGAAUUACCUAAGUUGGUCGAGAGUAGUGUUUCUCUCCUUGAGUGGUAGAAACAAAUUUGGUUUUGUCAAUGGCCAAAUGAUCUCCAUGCCUGAUCCAUCUUCAUCUCUGUACAAUGCUUGGCACAGAUCAAACACCACCAUUCUUUCUUGGUUGGUGAAUUCCUUGAGCAAAGAGCUUCAAUCUAGUGUGAUGUACAUUCACAUUGCUAGGGAUUUAUGGAUUGACAUGCAUGAUGGGUUUUCUCAGCCAAAUGCUCCAAGAUUCUUUGAAGUUCAUAAAGAAAUUUCGAAGCUUUCACAAGGUUAG